AUUAUUAUUUAAGAUUUGGCAAACAUGGACCUAAGGAAGUUGGAACGGCAAGAAGGUUGAAUUUCAUACGUACGUGAAAAUGGGAAGAAGCUUUGCCAAUUCCCUUUUUUGAACUUCAAACCAGCUAAAAAGCCCCAAACUUCAAACCUCAAAACCCUCAAGAGAGAAAUAGAAUUUCAAUAAGAGUAAUGUCGGAGAUUCACAACACGCGAAACCCAUUGGCUCUUCAUUUUCAGAAACUUGGGCUGGAACUCAAAUGCGCCCUUUGUCUGAACUUGCUGAAUAAACCCAAGUUGCUCCCCUGCAAUCACAUAUUCUGCAAGUUUUGCACUCCCCAAUUAGGAUCAGAAUGCCCUACAUGCACACAUCUGUUUGUUGAUGGAGAGAUGAGGUCAGUUCCACUCUUGGAGAAUAUCAUUACCAUUUACAAAAGCAUGGAUGCAACUUAUAAUUCUACUAUCUCCCCACAUUUGUCUAAUGAUUCUGGAAAAUCAUUGAACUGGUGCUGGGAAUCAGUUACUAGCCUUGAUGACAAAACAAGAAAGAAACUUGACGAAGUAGAACUUCAAGGAAGUGAUCUAGGCAGCAGAGAUGGGAGUUCUGGAACAUAUAGAGCCAAAAGAUUAGUCGAGGGUGAUUUUGAUACAGCUGCUGGUGAAAUAGCUGAUAGAAAUUUCCAUCAAGACCCAUUGCACACAAGGGAUGCCAAAAGACAAAAAAAACAAGAUUAUGGGUUGUCUAAAUCAGUUGGUGAAGGAUUAGCGUCUCCUUCUGACAACACAGCAGUUUCCAACCUUAAUGGGGAACCCCGUGAUGCACCGAACAUAGACAGAAUUGCUUGCUCCUUCUGUCAUUCUUCUAAGCAGACAGAAUGGACAGGACCAAUGCUUUACUAUGCCAAGGGAAAGCAAGUAGUAGGAGAUGGUGCAGCUCUAGCUAAGGCCAUUCCGGUCCAUAGUAAAUGUCUUGAAUGGACCCCUCAAAUUUAUUAUGUCGGGGAAACAGCAAAGAAUUUGGAGUCUGAAGUGGCAAGGGCUUCUAAGCUCAAGUGUAGUGGAUGUGGGUUGAAGGGAGCAGCACUUGGUUGCUUUGUUAAGUCCUGCCGUAAAAGUUAUCAUGUGCCUUGUGCUGUUGAAAUUUUGGAUUGCAGAUGGGAUUGCGAGGAUUUUCUAAUGCUCUGUCCAACUCACAGCUCUGUUAAAUUCCCAAGGGAAAAAUCCAGAUCUCAAGAGUUUGGAAGUGACAAAAUGGAUUCCUCGUCCACUAAAAUAUCCUCUAAUGCGUUGAGAUUUUGGGAAAUGUCACCUACUGGACCAAAAGAAUGGUUUUUCUGUGGAUCUGCUUUGUCUUCAGAAGAUAAGUAUUUGCUGGUCAAGUUUGCUACCAUGUCUGGAGCAACUGUGUUCAAGUUUUGGAACCCAAAAGUUACACAUGUUAUUGCAGCCACAAAUGCAGAGGGGGCAUGCAGUAGAACUUCCAUAUUUCUCAUGGCAAUUAUGAGUGGAUGUUGGAUCCUUACAAUGGAUUGGAUAAAAGUUUGUAUGGAAGCAAAUCAUCCUAUGAAUGAAGAACCAUAUGAAGUUAAACAGGACAAUCACGGUUGUUGUGAUGGCCCCAAAACUGGCAGACUUAGGGCAUUAACUAAUGCACCAAAGCUUUUUCAUGGUUUGAAUUUCUAUUUUACUGGGGAUCACGUGCCAACUUACAAGAACGAACUUAUAGAUCUAGUUACAGUUGCUGGAGGUACGGUUAUUGAUAGCAUGGAACAGAUGAUUGCACAAAUGCAAGAGACUCGAACAACUUCUACAUGUUUUUUUGUUUAUAAUUUUGGUUCCCAAGAAGGAUGCAUAUCGGAAACAGCAAGUUCACCUUAUAUGCAAAGAUUAGCAAAAGCACAGAAUGUAGCCAAAAACCAAGAUUCUCAGGUCAUUCCGCACACAUGGAUUUUGGAAUCAAUAGCUGCAUGUCGGUUGCUGCCUUCUAUUUGCUGAGAAUCCUAUGCACCUUUCUCCUUUAUUAUGAAUGACAUAAUCUCAGUUAGUUUGAUUUUGAUGUGCCCUAGGAAUUGUUAUGUAGGAAGAUUUAACGGGAAUGUCUGGGAUGUUGUCCACUGUUUGAUAUAUUGGACUGUAGAUCUCUGUAUAUGGUUAAGGAAUUUAAAGAAGUUAUAAUUUUGUCCAAUGUCAUUGUGUAGACUUGGUAAUGUCCAA